AUUAUAAUUACAAUCGAACAUUCUUCAGUUAUUACAUACCGUCAACUCCACACUUUGGAGAAUUUUCCAUAAAACCCCUUAGUUUCUUUUGACAAGUCCUGACACAAUGUCAUCCAAUCUCCAUAUAAGGACUGUUCAUUUCAACGCAAAAACUCUGAAAAUCAGAGAAUAGCUUGGAAGAAAAACAAGCAGCAAAAUCCCUGUAUACCGCAGGCAGGGCAAUGGAUUCUUCGCGGCAGUUUUUCUUCUCUUCUUUAAUUGUUACAUUCCUUCUUAGUCUCACCGUUGCCGGACAAGAGCCUCUCUACCAUUUCUGUUUAGACACAAGUGGUAAUUUCACCAGAAACAGCACUUACGAGGCAAACCUCAAUCGCCUGCUGUCAUCUUUCUCCUCGAACACGGCAAAUGAUUAUGGGUUCUACAAUAUGUCAUCUGGCCAAGACUCCGAGAGAGCUAACGUAAUCGCACUUUGCAGAGGAGAUGUUAAUUCUGGUGAUUGCCUCGACUGCAUCAAUAACGCAACCACUGAGCUCAGAAACCGCUGUCCCAACCGGAAAGAAGCAGUUAUCUGGUAUGACUUUUGCAUGUUGCGAUACACAAAUCGCUCCAUCUUUGGUGUUGCGGAAACCAACCCUUCUUUCUACAUGUGGAAUCAAAACAACGUCACGGAUGUGGAUGCUUUUAAUCAGGCCCUGACUGCUUUGAUGAACUACCUAAGAACUAACGCUUCAUCAGGCACUUCCUCUCGCAAGUUUGCAACGGGUAGUAGACCAGUUACAGCUUUCCAAACAUUAUAUGCACUUGUUCAAUGCACUCCUGAUUUGACGGAGCCCGAAUGCAGCUCUUGCUUGUCUCAGGCUAUUGAAUUUAUUCCGACUUGCUGUGAUAGAAAACAAGGAGGCAGGGUAAUUAGGCCUAGCUGCAAUUUCAGGUUUGAGAUUGAACGCUUCUAUAAUGUUACUACUGCUGAUACACCAUCACUAGCAUCGCCACCGCCACCAACACCAGUAUCACCACUAUCUCCUCCGGCCUCGAACGAUACCCCAAGUACAACAGGAAAAAAGAGUAAUUCAUCUCGAACUAUUAUCAUCAUAACCAUUGCGGUUGUUGCAUUUGCGGUACUUGUCAUCUCCAGCUGCAUCUUUUUCUUUUUAAGCGUGAGAAAGUCAAAGGUGAAAGCUCAAACCCGUGAAGCAGCCGAAGAAGUGGAUGAAAUCGGAAGUGCAGAGUCCUUGCAAUAUGAUUUCAGCACCAUUAGAGCUGCAACAGAUGACUUUUCUGAUGCAAAUAAGCUUGGACAAGGUGGAUUUGGUGCAGUUUAUAAGGGCACACUUUCCGGUGGAGAAUCAAUAGCAGUGAAAAGGCUGUCUACAGAUUCUGGACAAGGAGAUCUAGAAUUCAAAAACGAGGUUCGGUUAGUGGCCAAGCUUCAGCACAGGAAUUUGGUUAGGCUCCAAGGUUUCUGCCUGGACGGAAAUGAAAGGCUUCUCAUUUAUGAGUUUGUGCCUAAUGCAAGUCUGGAUCAAUUCUUAUUUGAUCCAGUGAAGCGUGCAUAUUUGGACUGGGAAAGAAGAUACAAAAUCAUUGGAGGCAUUGCUCGUGGACUUCUUUACCUUCAUGAGGAUUCUCGACUCCGAAUUAUUCAUCGUGAUCUCAAAGCUAGCAACAUAUUAUUAGAUGCAGAGAUGAAUCCUAAAAUUUCAGAUUUUGGCAUGGCAAGGUUGUGUGCACUUGAUCAAACUCAAGGUGCUACCAGUAGAAUUGUGGGAACAUAUGGAUACAUGGCACCGGAAUAUGCAAUGCAUGGUCAAUUUUCUGUCAAGUCGGAUGUUUUUAGUUUUGGUGUACUACUUUUGGAGAUUCUGUGUGGUCAAAAAAAUACUGCUUUUCGUGUUGGGGAGAAUGUAGAAGAUCUUCUAAGCUAUGCCUGGAGAAAUUGGAAGGAUGGGACAGCAUUGAAUCUUGUAGAUCCUAUUUUGAGGGAAGCUUCAAGAACGGAAGUGAUGAGAUGCAUCCACAUUGGUCUGCUUUGUGUCCAAGAAAAUGCAGCCCAGAGACCAAACAUGGCUUCAGUUGUUCUGAUGCUUACUAGCUACUCUGUCACUCUCCCACUACCCUCAGAACCUGCAUUUUUCAUGCACAGCAACACUCAAUCAGAUAUGUUGUGGCUAAAUUCAGGGGCAACAGAAUCCACUCAAUCCAGAAAUGAAGCUGCCGCAGUCUCAGAAAAUGAGGUUUCAAUAACUGAGCCCCAUCCAAGAUAGCAAGCAGGUCACAUUUGUAAGCAUUUCUGUGUCAAAAUUCAGUAUUUGUUACUAUUUCCUCUCUCUGCAGUUUGACCUGAUUACCCUUGGACCACCCUUUUCAUGUGCUAAAUAUUCUGUGGUUAAUCAAAUCUCUAAGUUACAAAUCUCUUCUCUUCUUUAUUUUUUACGUUAGUAAGUGUUUGGAUUGUAAAUUAAGUCAACAAUUAGGUUGUUUAUUGGACUAAUCAAUAUAAAAUAUCAGGCCACGUUCUCUCCCACCAAGACUUUGCCAGCUCGCACGAAUAGUCUCAACGUAUUUUAAGUUGCGCACCAGCUUGUGCUUAGCUAGAUCAACCAAACAAAAAAAUAAAAAAAACUUGAAGCCUUCUUUGUUUGACCGGCUAUAUGAUUGAUUUUGACACGGCGCUAUAAGCCAGAAGGAAAUAAACAGAAACUUCUUUGUUCUUUUCUUAUUCAUGCACAAGGAAAUAAACUUGAAGUUUCAUGCGUAGCUUUUCCUCUUCCACCACUCCCAUCUCAAUCAACAGUCCUUUUCUUUUUGACUUUUUCAUUAUGAAUCUUCUUUUGAUCUUCCUAAG